AACUUCAUCAAAAUGCCAUUUCAACCCACGCUCUCAUUCAUUGUCCCUCUCGUUUUCGCCUUCUUCUUGCAACACCCCAGAGACUUAAAAAGCAUUCAUCAAACACCCACUUUUCAACAGCAAUCUUUCUACUAAAAGUUUGCUGUUUACACACUUUCAUGCAUUAGAACGCAAUUGCACCAGCUAUAUAGUGCCUCUAUAUAGCGGGCUCAUAUAGUUUUUGACCUGACUAGGUUGAGCUUACACAAUUUUUGUUGCUUCGAGAGGAGUCUUGAGUUUGGGAUUAAUGCUUGCUGUGUCACCUCUGAGGAACCCGAACGAUGGCAGCAACAACAACCAAGGAGAGAUGGAGAGCUUUUCAAUCGGAGGCGGCGUUGGCGGCAGCGACGACUUCCCUGACUUCUCCGACGGGAGCCUGCUCGACAGCAUUGACUUCGACGACCUCUUCAUGGUGAUCAACGAUGGGGACGUGUUGCCCGACCUGGAGAUGGACCCAGAGCUGCUUGCUGAGUUCUCUGCCAGCUGCGGCGAGGAGUCGGGGACAGGGUGCUCGUCGAUAUCUGUCGAGAGGGCCGAGGUCAACAACGGCUCCAAGAGAGAAGUCGACGAGGACAAGGCCUCGGAGCUGGAUAACAUCUCUAGCGUGAGCCGAGGGGAAGAAAUUGUGAGCAAGAGGGAUGAUUCUGUGGUGGUCAAUCCAGUCCCCAAUAAUAAUGAAGAGACUGACAACAAGAGAAAGAAAUCAUCAGCUCAAUCAUCUAAGAGUAACCGUCAAGCUCAAGGGAAGCGAAAAGUGAAGGUGGAUUGGACGCCAGAGUUGCACAGGAGGUUUGUACAAGCAGUGGAGCAGCUUGGGUUGGACAAGGCGGUGCCUUCAAGAAUCCUGGAGCUCAUGGGCAUCGAUUGUCUCACUCGCCACAACAUCGCCAGCCACCUCCAAAAGUAUAGAUCGCAUAGAAAGCACAUGCUGGCCCGUGAGGCGGAGGCUGCGAACUGGAGUCAGAGGCGACACAUGCACGGCAAUGGAGGUCACAAGAUGAGGCCUGACACGAUGCUGGUGAUGAGCCACUCCACCACCCCCACCAACGGGAGUCCUUGGCUCGCACCGGCCACCCUCGGAUUCCCACCCGUGACCCCCAUGCCUCCCCACUUCCGACCCCUCCACGUGUGGGGCCACCCUCCCGCGGACCAUUCCCUCAUGCACGUGUGGCCCAAGCACUCACCUUCCCUGCUCCCGCCCCCGCUGCCGUCCGCCUGGGCCUCCCCACCGCAAGGCGCUGCUCCCUACGGCCACCAACGGGUACCAAAUCCGCCAAUGCCGGGAACGCCGUGCUUUGUCAACCCACCCCUGCCAGCGACGAGGUUCGGAGCUCCACCGGUGCCGGGCAUCCCACCCCACGCCAUGUACAAAGUCGAGAGAAAGCACAAUAAUAAUAAUAACAACGACAACAAUAAUCGGGGCUAUGGUGUGCCGCCACCUGGACCAUUAGCCUCCCAUCCUCCUUUCGAUUUUCAUCCGGAUUAUGCGUUCGAUGAACACUCGAAGGAGACAUUAGAUGCAGCUAUCGGAGAUGUUUUAGCGAAGCCGUGGCUGCCGCUUCCACUCGGUCUGAAGCCUCCUUCCACGGAGAGUGUUGUGGGAGAGCUUCAACGCCAAGGAGUACCCAAAAUCCCCCCUUCUUGUGCUUGAAAAAAAAACCUUAAAGGACAUCCUUCGGUUGCAAAGGUUGUUCCCCAACAGCGCUUUCAAGCCUAAAAUUCGACGACAUUUCCUGCGUUAGACGCAAACAUCUAAUCGGCAAGUACCCACCUUUUCCCGACCCCUUUGGUGCUCAUUUGUAGCUCGAUUGGUUGCCGGAGAUGAAAUCAUUUCCAGAUAACAUGCCCUCGUCUGUUUCCCCGUCUUUUUGUAGUGGUUGUCGUGGAUGUGAGACUGAUCUCAUGGCCAUGAGAACUAUCUAAUCUAAAGAGUUACCCUGUUUUGCUUCUCAAGAAGUUAUUGACCGAAUAAUUCAGGUUUGUAGAGUUUGUAACUGUUGACGACUUGGCCAAUUUGUCAUUUAGCUUCUUGACAUUGAUAAUUCUCGUGCUAUGAGUUU